CCUCGGACUCUGGCUGAGUGAGAGCUUGGCGACUUUUUGGGGGGAGGGGGCGGCGAGGCGGCGGGGUGCCUCCGGUUCUCUCCCCUCCCCCUCCCCCUCGCCCCGGGCCUCCUCCUCUCUGCCCGCCCGCUCGGCCCCCGGACGCCCGCCGCCCCGCGUCCAUGGGCAGCGAGAGGGUCCCCGGGGCGGUCGUCAGCGAGGGCCGAGGCAAAAGUGGCCUUUCAGUGCCUUUCCGGGGCUCUUUCCUUGACCUCCUGCCCCCCGCCCUCUCUCUUCCCCGGUGGGCGCCCGCGGUGGGGGUGCGAGGCUGUGGGAAGAAAGUUUAAGGUUUGUUAAUAUUAGUCGCAGUCGGUGGGGGGGGGGGUGCGGGGGCGACCGAAGGGAGGCGAGGUGGCCUUCCUCCCCGCGCUCCCGGGUUGCUGGGGAUCAUAUCGCAAGUGACAGCCACAAGUAGACUUUCCGUGCUCACGGCGGAGAGCCCGCGCGAGCCGGAGGCACGGAGGGGCGCGGGGAGACCUUCUUCCCCUCCCGGAGACCUCGUCCGCAGUGAUUUUUUUCUUCUUUUUAAGAGAAUCCUCAGUUACCACCUCGCCUCCCCAGCCACCACCACAGUGUACAGCUCACAACGGGUUUUGCUUUGUUUUUACGAUUUCCCCCCCAACGAAUCACUUGUCAGAUCAAUUUUAUCUUCGCCCUCCUCCCUACUUCCCACUCCCUCCUCCCCCAUCUAAAACCCCGUUUUUUGAGGUUAGACAUUUUACGAACCAUAUAUGUUGUUUUUCGAAUUGUGAUUUUAAAAAAAAAAAAACCCUUUCUCAUGGCUACUCUUCUAGACGUUUAUUUCUGCCCUUCCCCCUUUUAGCGGGGUGGGGGUAGGGGGAAGAGAAAAUAAUACAAUUUCAGGGGAAGUCGCCUUCAGGUCUGCUGCUGUUUUUUUUUUUUUUUUUUAAUUAAAAAAAAAAAGGACAUAGAAAACAUCAGUCUUGAACUUCUCUUCAAGAACCCGGGCUGCAAAGGAAAUCUCCUUUGUUUUUGUUAUUUAUAUGCUGUCAAGUUUUGAAGUGGUGAGUUUCAGGUGAUCUUUAGAGAGUAACUGAGUAUGGAUCAUUUGAACGAGGCAACUCAGGGGAAAGAACAUUCAGAAAUGUCUAACAAUGUGAGCGAUCCGAAAGGUCCACCAGCCAAGAUUGCCCGCCUGGAGCAGAACGGGAGCCCGCUAGGAAGAGGAAGGCUUGGGAGUACAGGUGCAAAAAUGCAGGGAGUGCCUUUAAAACACUCGGGCCAUCUGAUGAAAACCAACCUUAGGAAAGGAACCAUGCUACCAGUUUUCUGCGUGGUGGAACAUUAUGAAAACGCCAUUGAAUAUGAUUGCAAGGAGGAGCAUGCGGAAUUUGUGUUGGUGAGAAAGGAUAUGCUUUUCAACCAGCUGAUAGAAAUGGCAUUGCUGUCUCUGGGUUAUUCGCAUAGCUCUGCUGCCCAGGCCAAAGGGCUAAUCCAAGUUGGAAAGUGGAAUCCAGUUCCACUGUCUUAUGUGACAGAUGCCCCUGAUGCUACAGUAGCAGAUAUGCUUCAAGACGUGUAUCAUGUGGUCACAUUGAAAAUUCAGUUACACAGUUGCCCCAAACUAGAAGACUUGCCUCCCGAACAAUGGUCGCACACCACAGUAAGGAAUGCUCUGAAGGACUUACUGAAAGAUAUGAAUCAGAGUUCGUUGGCCAAGGAGUGCCCCCUUUCACAGAGUAUGAUUUCUUCCAUUGUGAACAGCACUUACUAUGCAAAUGUCUCAGCAGCAAAAUGUCAAGAAUUUGGAAGGUGGUACAAACAUUUCAAGAAGACAAAAGAUAUGAUGGUCGAAAUGGAUAGUCUUUCUGAGCUAUCCCAGCAAAGUGCCAAUCAUGUCAACUUUGGCCAGCAGCCGGUCCCAGGGAACACGGCCGAGCAGCCCCCAUCCCCCGCACAGCUCUCCCAUGGCAGCCAGCCCUCUGUCCGGACCCCUCUUCCGAACCUGCACCCUGGGCUUGUGUCAACGCCCAUCAGUCCUCAACUGGUCAACCAGCAGUUGGUGAUGGCUCAGCUGCUGAACCAGCAGUAUGCAGUGAAUAGACUUUUAGCCCAGCAGUCCUUAAACCAACAAUACUUGAACCACCCUCCCCCUGUCAGUAGAUCUAUAAAUAAGCCUUUGGAGCAACAGGUUUCAACCAACACGGAGGUGUCUUCCGAAAUCUACCAGUGGGUACGUGAUGAACUGAAACGAGCAGGAAUCUCCCAGGCAGUGUUUGCACGUGUGGCUUUUAACAGAACUCAGGGCUUGCUUUCAGAAAUCCUCCGGAAGGAAGAGGACCCCAAGACUGCAUCCCAGUCUUUGCUGGUAAACCUUCGGGCUAUGCAGAAUUUCUUGCAGUUACCAGAAGCUGAAAGAGAUCGAAUUUACCAGGAUGAAAGGGAAAGGAGCUUGAAUGCUGCCUCGGCUAUGGGUCCUGCCCCACUGAUAAGCACACCGCCCAGCCGCCCUCCCCAGGUGAAAACAGCUACUAUUGCCACUGAGAGGAAUGGGAAACCAGAGAACAAUACCAUGAACAUUAAUGCUUCCAUUUAUGAUGAGAUUCAGCAGGAAAUGAAGCGCGCUAAAGUGUCCCAAGCACUGUUUGCAAAGGUUGCAGCAACCAAAAGCCAGGGGUGGCUGUGUGAGCUGUUACGCUGGAAGGAAGACCCUUCUCCAGAGAACAGGACGCUGUGGGAGAACCUCUCCAUGAUCCGGAGGUUCCUCAGUCUUCCUCAGCCAGAACGGGAUGCCAUUUAUGAGCAGGAGAGCAACGCGGUGCAUCACCAUGGCGACAGGCCUCCCCACAUCAUCCACGUUCCCGCAGAGCAGAUUCAGCAGCCGCCGCCGCCCCCGCAGCCGCAGCCCGCGCCACCGCCACCCGCUCCGGUGCAGCCCCCAGCCGGGCCCCGGCUCCCCCCACGGCAGCCGCCAGCCGCCGCGCCGGCCGAAGCGGACGACGAGAGGCAGAAAGCCCGGCCGCGCACCAAGAUCUCCGUGGAGGCCCUGGGCAUCCUGCAGAGCUUCAUCCAGGACGUGGGCCUCUACCCGGACGAGGAGGCCAUCCAGACUCUGUCCGCCCAGCUGGACCUCCCCAAGUACACCAUCAUCAAGUUCUUUCAGAACCAGCGGUACUAUCUCAAGCACCACGGCAAACUGAAGGACAACUCCGGCCUGGAGGUGGACGUGGCCGAGUACAAGGAGGAGGAGCUGCUCAAGGAUUUGGAGGACAGUGUCCAAGAUAAAAAUGCCAACACCCUCUUCUCGGUGAAGCUGGAGGAAGAGCUCGCAGUGGAAGGAAACACAGAUAUUAACGCCGACCUGAAAGACUGAGAUAAAAGUAUUAUUUUGAUUCAGCAGUGCCAGUGGUAUUUACUAACAAAACGAGAAGUCCACCUUGUAUUCUCUCGAAAACCUUUGUUCAUUGUUUGGCCAAUGAAUCUUCAGAAACUUGCACAAACAGGAAAGUUGAGAAAGGACAAGACAGACUGCACUAAAUGUUUUACUCUGUUUUACAAACUGCUUGGCAGCCCCAAGUGAAGCAUUGAGGAUUGUUUGGUAUUAAAAAUUAAAAUUUGUAUUCACGGGAGGCACUGAGGUGUGUACCCCCGAAGCAUGAUAUCAGUGAUUUUUUUUUUUUUUAGUUGUUACUAUUCUGGAGCCUCAAACAAGCAUUAUAACUUCUGUGAUCAUUAUUUCCUUCCUUAAUUAUUUCUGUAACACUCCACACUGAUCUUUGGAAACUCGCCCCUUAUUUUAAAAAAAAGAGAAAGAGUUUGUUACCCUGUUGUAUGUUACAGAAGAACUAUAGACUGUGGGACGCAGCUUAAAGAUGACAUAUGCCAACAAAUGCCUUGUAUAAUAUGGCACUGCCGUAAUUCAAAUCUGUUUUUAUUUUGGAAAUAAAAGUUCACUGUAAUUUUUUUCAUUUUCAUUGUUACAUGAUUUUUUAAAAAAAAGAAAAAAUGUGAAACACAAUUUAGUCUUCUUUAUUUAUUUGUAGACCCUGCAGCACCAUGUUGUAAUUAAUUUUUUGGAAGUUUCCGUUAAAUGUAAUAUUGCUUCUCUUGUUACCAUACUGAUUCUUUUCUAUUUAUAAAUGUAUUUUGAUGGGCAGUAAAACAAAGUGUCUUAAAAGUUUUAAAUAGAGAAAAUGUGCUUUACACAGUUGCCUAUAAAAAGUGCUCUAUGUUAUCCAAGCAAUUCAUACUAUAAGCUUCACUCUUAUUGUUGUAUGCAAUUUUUACUAUCAUGCAAAUAAGCUUAGGUAAAUAAAACUAAUAGAUCACCUUAGAAAAUUAUGCAAUUAAUGUGAAAAUAAUUGAUGUUUGCAAUGUGUCUUCCUUUGGUUUACAAUCAAUUUUAAAGCUACAUCUGUAUAAAAUUUCUGUAUAAAGGUGUGUUUCUUUUUUAUGAGUUUAUGGUUAUGAAAACACUGGCUAUUUUGUUACAGCUGGCUGUUUUUAUAAGUGUACCACAAUUUUCUUUAUGCAGAAAUGUUCUGAUUAGGAGUGGUUAUUGACUGUAACUACACAAUUAAACAUGUUUGUAUGGUCUGA